AUGGUGUCAGUUAUUCUGCGGGGUAUUCUCACCUCGGGGAAGCUGGUCGUGGUAAAAAUAUUCGUGUACAUUUUCAGGAAAGUUUGCAAUGUCUGCUUGAAGAUGUCUGUGUCAGCAGAUGCUAUUAUUAUAGUAGAAGAGAUCGUGACCUCUGUCAAAGAGCAGAAAGCCAUCAGGAAGCUCAUGAUUUUCUUGCAGGAAUGGGAUAGUGCCCACCAAGUUGCUUGAAGCCACAUCCUGGACAACUUAAUUGAAAGCAAUGAUGGCAAGGCAGGAGCAGAGCUGGAGUCCUCCCAGUGCGCCAGCUUGCUUCUGUCUCAUCUAACAGCAUGGCUCGGAAUGACAUAUCUCUCCAUGUACAGCACAUGCCUUAACGAGCUGUUCAAGUCCAUUGGUAUCUUCCUGAGUGCAGAGAUGGGGCACAGAUGCCUUAUUGAAUUUCUGGAGACUGGAGUUGUCUUACUUCUCCUGGAAAUACUGGGUCCAAACCACCUGAAAGAAGAGGACAAAAGAGAGCCUGUAAAGCUGCUGCAGCUCAUGGCAGAUGGUGGCAGGAAGUAUAGACUCAUUUGUGAAAGCUACAGGAUGCAAUCCUUCCUCAAGUUCCUGGUCAUUUUCAAGUCAACAGAGGCACAAGAAGAUGUGAAGGUUCUGCCGGACAUCUUGGGCUGCAGGAACCCCAAGUACCAGAACCAAGUCUACAAAGGCCUCACUGCUGCGCUACUGUGUGCCUCCCCCGGAGCCCAGCAGCUGGCCCUGCAGACACUGAGGGUCAUGCAGAGUGGGCGAUCGGGCGGGGCUCGAGUGACGCUUUCUCCCGGUCCAGAUGAUGCAGCCGGGUGUGGGCUCCGGCACUUAGCUGCGGACCUGCCCCAGGCGCGGCGAAACCGGCACCGCAGCGCUGUCCAGGGCGCUCCAGCCCCGCCCAGGCAGCUGCUCUGGGCUCCUGCGGUGCAGUGCGGGGUAGCGCUGCGCCGGCCCCGCUGGACACGGCCGGUCCGAGCUGGCGAGACGGGUGGGCUGGAGCCGAACCGCCCUGUCGGUGGCCGCAGUGAAGCUGUGUCAGAGGGAGAGGGACGGCAGCAGUCGGAAUGGCUCGCCGUAUGCUAUGAGGCGGCAUCUGAGGAUCGUAUAAAUCUUUCGCCUUUUACUAAAGAUUUCCGUGGAGAGGAACAAGGUGCAUCACGGCUCCGCGUCCGCGCGCGCCGAUGUCGCCCGCCGGGGUUCCUACCGGUCCCAGCUUCCGAGUAUCGUGGCCUGUGCGGCUGUGGCGGGGGUGGCCGGGCCGGGGGUCGUCGGGCCGGGAGCAGUGGCUGGGUCAUGUCUGUCGCCCUGACUGUUGCGGCGUGGGGCAGCCGGGCGGUGCGCCGGGGGAACCCAACUGCACUGUGCCUAAGGGAACCCAUGCUGAUGUACUUUCAGCAGGCAGCUACUGCAAAAGCUACUAAGAAACUGAACAUAUUAGCCAAGGGGUUAUCAGAAGUGGCUGAAGAGCUGAUCCAGCUGAAAGUGGUACAUGGCAUGAUGGUUGCUGUGGGGAACCUGGAUCACAUGGUCAGACAGAGACAUACCAACAGCUCCUUGGAGUAUUUUGUCAACACAUUGCCCGUUGUGGAGGAGUGCAUUAAGAAGGCAGUAGGACAUACACUGUUCCAGCACUUUAUGGAUAGUCCUGAGACCUGGUACACAAAAAUGGAUUCAGUCCAAGCUAAAGAACUGGCUUCCAUUAUAGCAGGCAGCCCCAGAGACACAGCAAGGACACAGUCCACAGGUGCACAGAUCUGGGAUACAGCCACUGAAGUUACACCCUCUUCAGGGGGAGAAGGCAGCUCCGGAAGCACAGUAGCAUGGAAGUCUAGGGGAAAAUAA